CAACCCCCUCCCAACAACCUCAUAAUAAUUCAUGCUAGCAUUCCCAACCCCUUUCCAAUUACCCCCUCCAACCCUUUAUAAGUGGAGAGUAAGGACAUAAAAGUAUGAUGUAUAAGGUCAUGGCUUGGCUCUUCUUAGCUCAGCUCCUGAUCCAAAUCCUAAGGAUCCAUGCAAAAGUUCCAGCCAUUAUUGUUUUUGGGGACUCCUCUGUGGACUCAGGGAACAACAACCAGGUACAAACAAUUCUAAAGAGCAAUUUUGAGCCUUAUGGGCGUGAUUUCAAUGGUGGCCAACCCACUGGACGGUUUUCUAAUGGUCGGGUUCCACCAGACUUCAUUUCUGAGGCUUUUGGGGUCAAGCCAGUGGUACCUGCUUACUUGGAUCCCACUUAUCGUAUUACAGAUUUUGCCACUGGAGUUUGCUUUGCUUCUGCUGGAACUGGUUAUGAUAAUGCUACCUCCAACGUGCUGUCAGUGAUACCUUUCUGGAAGGAACUUGAAUACUACAAGGAAUACCAGAAGCAGCUCAGAGAUUAUCUUGGCCAUCAGAAAGCUAAUGAGGUUCUGAGUGAAUCACUGUAUUUAAUAAGCUUAGGAACCAAUGAUUUCUUAGAAAACUACUACCUACUUCCAGGCAGGCGGUUAAAGUUCUCUGUUGAGGAGUACCAGAGUUUUCUUGUAGGGAUUGCUGGAAAUUUCAUUACAGAGCUCUUCCAAUUAGGAGCUAGAAAGAUCUCUCUGAGUGGUCUUCCUCCUAUGGGUUGUUUGCCACUGGAAAGAACCACAAAUAUUUUAUCUGGGAGGGAUUGUGUGGAGAAGUACAAUAUUGUGGCCUGGGAUUUCAAUGGGAAGCUGCAAGAACUGGUUGUGAAGCUGAAAAAUGAGCUUUCUGGAAUCAGAUUGGUGCUAACAAACCCAUUUGAUAUUCUCUUGGAGAUCAUUCAGAGUCCACACUCUUUUGGAUUUGAGGAAGCAGCAGUAGCAUGUUGCGCAACUGGAUUGGUUGAAAUGGGGUACAUGUGUAAUAAAUUUAACCCACUCACAUGUGCAGAUGCGGAUAAAUAUGUAUUUUGGGAUGCUUUCCACCCAACAGAGAAAACCAACAGGAUUGUUGCUGAUCAUGUGGUUAAGCAUUCCCUAGCAGAGUUCCUAUGAUUAGUCAUGUAAUAUAAUGCACAAUAUCAGUAAUCCCACUCAUCAUUUGCGUUUCUGUAUUGAUGUUACUAGGAUCAUUAUUAUC